AUGAGUCAAUCACAAACAGAGGUCAAUAAUACAGAAUUGGUUGAGAAUCCCCUGUUUCCGACCCCACUCAAAAAUGAUUCCAUUUCAAAUGGCGAUGGUGACCUUGAUUCAACUACAAACCAAGCAGCAAACAUCACUUUGGGUAAAGAAUCGCCGUUGAGCGAUAUCACUGCAUCACCAGUCCCGUUUGAUUUAUCAUUACGUGACGUCGAUGGUGAGGUCCAAAGUACUAUUGACAAUAUUGAAAAAUUUUUAGAAGAACGAGAACCAACUAAUGAGAAUCGUAACAAUACCAAAAGUGAAGAGAGAAACGAGGCUGCAGAGAAUGCAGUUCAAGAGGUUUUGAGAGAAAUAGAAGCCGAGACCUUAAAGAAAUUAGAUCACGAAGAGAAAGUGAAUAAAGAUUCAAACAUUAGCAUUGGAGAUGACAUGAAAAACAGGGACAGCUAUGAAAGUUCAGAAUUGAGUGAUUUAGAUGAAAACCAAUCUGAAGCUGAAACCGAUAAAAUGGAUUUCUUGGAUGAAAUAGGGACAGUGCAAGAUGAUGAUGUCUCUAAUGGGCAAAGUAAUGGAUUAUCUGACUUGCAGAAUUUAUCCCAAUUAACAGAACUAACCAGACUUAAGGAUGUGGAUUCUGAUUUUGGCGAUGAUGAAGAGGAAGACGAAUCCAAUAAUCUGAAUUCUCAUUCAAAUGGAACUAAGUUAGCAAUAAAUGGCGAAUCCCUUAAGCGAACACUGGAAAAUGAACAUGAACAACCCACCAAGAAGCUUAAAUCAGCACCUCAGGUACCAGAUCCUGAAGAUAAGAAUCAAGAAGAGGAACAAAAGGAUACUUUAGAAAUUGAAACAAACGCAAAUAAUAAAAGCAAAAACAAAUUGGACAGUAGGGAGGAUAAAAUUGAACUCAUUUCCCUUAAAAGCGACCAGGAGAACAGUGCUGAGGACAAUGGAGCCGAGGCAGAGCCAGAAGAUGAAGGUGAAGAUAAUGAUAAUGGUCACAAUACUGAUGCCCCAGAGGUUGAACAGGUGCCGAAUAGCGAGGUUGAGCAAAAUAUUAAGGAGGAUGCAGUUGCUGUAGAAAACGAGGAACGAGAUGAUGUUGACCUUAACAAACAAAGAAAUCUAGCUAUUCAGGAAUUGAUUGCUAUAGAAGCAAAAUUUGCAGAAGUCCGUGACAAGCUCUUCAAGGACAAAUUAUCGUUAUUGCAAAAGGAAUUGCAACUAUGUCUUGAUGGUUCACACCCCGAACUAUCGAAGAUUUACGGAAGGAUCAAUGAGUUUUAUCAAGAUGGUCUCAGAUUAGCAAAUGCCAAUUUGAUGUAUAAAUUAAAAUGUGUCGAUAAAGAGACCAUUGCCACUAGAACUUCGAUACACCAGAAUUUCUUAAGAAAUUUGAUGGACACAAAGAAUGGAAUGAUAACCGAUACGACAUCGCUAUGGUAUAAAAUCAAUAAAGAAAGAAACCAACUAGAUCAGUUGGUUCCUGAUUUCACAUUUGCAGCAAUUCCUUCGAUACCUAAUGGUGCUAUACUGGCAGAAGAUUCCAUAGCGAAUGGAAAUAUUGAUGGUUCUGCAGAACUGCCAGUAUCCAAGAAAUUACUGAAGCAGAGCACGCUAAUAGAAUUAGUAAAACAGCGCAACAAUAUCAACGAACAAUUGGGAAUAUUGAAUGGCCUAGUGGAGUUUCAUGGGUUUCCUAGUGCGAUUUCCUCUUCGUUAAGUGAGGAAAUCCUGGAAGAACAAUCAAAUGAAUUACUAUUAAAGAAGGCCACAGAUGAAGAAAUCAAUAAUGAUUUGCGUGCUAUGGGUAUUUCCAUAUAG